CUAUGCUCCCAGAUUGGCCGUCUGCGACAACACAUUCUCGCCUCUCCUCCGACUACUUAUCCCUCGGCAACGUCUUCGUCAUCUGUGUUUUCCUCUGUAUCCGACUUCCAUAGAUCUCAAAGUACAAAUAAGCUCACUGACCGUUUAGCAGGACUUCCGGCUGACAUAAGCUGCAAACAGCCACGCCUAGAGGGCAGUUUGCUAGUCACCUGUACAUAUCCUCUUUGUCUACCGAGCAGUUUCAAUCUUGUAUCUGGGGCCGAGUCCCUGGUGCCUGCAGUCGACUUGCAUGCAACGGUUGUUUCAGCACUCAAUCAUGAGAUAUCCGCCUCCUGCUUCACUUCCGAUACUGAGGAUCCAGAUGCCUGGUCCGUGGUGGCUGAAACUUCAGGGCAGCAGACGGACUCAGCGGUUGGAUUAUUUGCUGCUACCACCAGUCAGCAGACGGACUUUGAGGUCCUGGUUGCUCACUGGUCGCCAUUAUCGUCACUUGUGACUGAUUCCAAAUGCCUGAAUGUUAAAACCACAUCCUUGUUAACGGCACCAGUAGCUCAGGUACCAGAGCAGAUUUGUCGCCAGCCCAGCUACGAAAUAGCCCCCGUUUCGUACUCCCCUGAUGCAGAACUAGGGGUAAUUGAGUUAUUUGAACUUCUUGUAUAUGUUACCCGACCACUCGACACAUCACUACCUAGUUGCUCUUUCCAUAUGCAAGAAAGUAGAUUCGCCCUUCAGACAACCUGUAUUGUUCGUCAAUUGCCACUGCUAUGUCCAACUCAACAAUCAUCGGCUUACUUUCCAUUAAUACAAAAUGAAUCUGCUACCUUCGAUACUGUCUUACUUCAUCAACCCUUUUUGCCAGUGACAACGCCUAUGAUUUUAGAUCUGACCAACUCGUUGGUUGCAAGCCAAGGAAAUGUCUGCCAAUCUUUUCUUUCUUUAACUGCAUCGCCUCCUCUGAUCAUUUCUGAGCAAUCCACAUCUAUUCUGGUCAAUGGGCUUGAUACUAUCGACAAAGAUCUUUCACAAAAUAAUAUAAUCAACGAAGUUAAGUCCUUCGAUCCGGCUUCAUUGAGAGACGAAGGGAUCAUAGCUCCAGAUAUAUCUAGUUGCCUAUCUCAGCCGGAGGUAAGCUAUUGUAAGCGGUUGCACAUGUUUUUGAGCCAAAUGUCAUUCCCUUAG